CGGAGCGGAUCACUCAGUUCAGCUGCAGACAAAGAGAGCUCACAACGCCUAGAGACUAAAAACUGGAUUCUAUACUUUCAUUUGCUCCCUUCCUUAUUUAUCAGACUUGGAUGGAUUUUCCAGAGAUUAAACAAGUUCCAGAGGCUGUGACUGAAUGGUACUUUGGACGGAGGAAUACUUCAACAUCAUCCCCCCUCCAGCUCUUCUCUGAAUCAUCUCUGAAAAGGAGAAAAGAAACUCCUUGUUACCUCUGAGGGACCCUUGGCACCACUGAAAGGUGGAGCCAACCACUGGUGCCACAAACUCUGGGAGGAUGAAGACUACCUUCUAGUGUGUGUGUGUGGUUUUUUAUUUUGUUUUGUUUUUUGUUUUUUUGUUUGUCUUUUCUCAGAACAAAGUGUGCAAGUGAGGUGUCAAGACGCUGUUUUGAGAUAAAGGUGGAGAGAAAACUUAGAAAAGAAAAAUGCCUUUUGGUGGGUUAGCAGGUUUGAAAGAGCAGGUGCUUAAACCUGGGAAGGAGGAAGUGAAGAACACUGUGGGGGACUCUCUGGGAAAGCUGCAAAGGAAAAUAGAUGGUAGCAAUGUAGAAGAAGAGGACAACAUUGAACUGACUGAGGAUGGGCGUCCGGUGGCAUCAGCGCCACGUCCUGCCCCGCUGCUAGACUGCAGCUGUGGUGGUCUCCCUAAACGCUACAUCAUCGCCAUCCUUAGCGGACUGGGCUUCUGCAUCUCCUUUGGCAUUCGUUGCAAUCUUGGUGUGGCCAUUGUGGAAAUGGUCAACAAUAACACUGUCUAUAUCAACGGUACUCCAGUGCUUCAGAAAGCUCAGUUUAACUGGGACCCAGAGACGGUGGGACUGAUUCACGGCUCCUUCUUCUGGGGCUACAUUGUCACUCAAAUUCCUGGUGGUUUCAUCUCCAACAAGCUCUCUGCCAACAGGGUGUUUGGGGCUGCCAUUUUCCUGACGUCAGUGCUGAAUAUGUUCAUCCCAUCAGCAGCAAGGGUCCACUAUGGUUGUGUCAUGUUUGUUCGCAUCCUGCAGGGCUUAGUGGAGGGUGUCACCUACCCAGCAUGUCAUGGGAUGUGGUCCAAAUGGGCACCACCUCUUGAACGGAGUCGACUGGCCACCACCUCAUUCUGUGGAUCAUAUGCAGGAGCGGUGAUCGCCAUGCCUUUAGCUGGAGUGCUCGUUCAGUAUGUUGGCUGGUCUUCGGUCUUUUAUAUCUAUGGUGUUUUUGGGAUCAUAUGGUAUGUCCUGUGGCUCCUCCUGGCAUAUGGGAGUCCUGCUGAUCAUCCAACAAUCACAGACGAGGAGAGGAUGUACAUCGAGUCCACCAUUGGUGAAACAAUGCACCAACUGAGUGUAACUGAGAAAUUCAAGACUCCGUGGCGUCGUUUCUUUACCUCCAUGCCCGUCUAUGCCAUCAUUGUGGCCAACUUCUGCCGCAGCUGGACCUUCUACCUGCUCCUCAUCAGCCAGCCGGCGUAUUUUGAGGAAGUGUUUGGCUUCCCCAUUAGCAAGGUGGGGAUCCUGUCUGCUGUCCCGCACAUGGUGAUGACAAUUGUAGUUCCUAUCGGGGGACAGCUGGCUGACUUCUUACGCAGUAACAAAAUCAUGUCCACCACGAAUGUGAGGAAACUCAUGAACUGUGGAGGUUUUGGUAUGGAGGCUACUCUGCUGCUGGUGGUCGGGUUUUCUCACACACGAGGUGUCGCCAUCUCCUUCCUAGUUCUGGCUGUAGGCUUCAGUGGAUUUGCCAUCUCAGGUUUUAAUGUCAAUCAUCUGGAUAUUGCUCCUCGCUAUGCCAGCAUCCUGAUGGGCAUUUCUAACGGGGUGGGAACAUUGUCUGGAAUGGUGUGUCCCCUGAUUGUUGGAGCUCUGACAAAACACAAGACUCGUCUGGAGUGGCAGAAUGUCUUUGUUAUUGCGGCCAUGGUGCAUUACUCAGGGGUCAUCUUCUAUGCUAUCUUUGCCUCGGGAGAGCAGCAGGAGUGGGCCAACCCUGAGAGCACGAGUGAGGAUAAAUGUGGCAUUAUUGAUGAGGACGAGCUGGCUGAGGAGUCAGAGCUCAACAGCGAGAACAUGAUGGCUCCCAAAAAAAGUUACGGAACAACAGACAAUUCAUCUGGUAGAAAACAAGGCUGGAAAAAGAAGAGAGGCACGACCAUGCAAGAGGAGGAGGAACAUUACGGGAAUGGGGACUACCAGGACCGGUACCAGUGAGACCUGACUUGCCCAAACACUCAGACCCAGUCAAAGAUGAAGGUUCAAAUUCACACCUGUGGAACUGUCAGAAACAUCAAAGAAGCACCAUCACAUGUACCUCAAGACCUCUCGUUUUCAUCUUUGGUCAAUACACCACUGUCACUACAAUGUAAUAUAAUGUCAGCAGAAAAAAAAUCAUAUGGAAACACAAGAUUUAAAAAGUCAAAAUGCUAAAUUUAACAUAUUUUUUAUUAGAAACCCACCUGAGCAACAAAGAAACAUCAGCAAAUACAUGACAAAUCAGAAACUGAACAAUAAAUUUAAUUUACACUGACAUAUACUGUAGACUGGUAUACUUAGUAUAAUAAAAAGUAAACCACUAACCAACUACUGCUGUGUUAAAGACACAUCAGAACAACACAUAAGCUUUGAUUGUACUCCAUCUGUGCAAGCAAACGUUGACUGAACUUUAUGUAGCUUAUUUUGAAAUAUGUGAACAGUUUUUGACAUGUUUUGUGUCAGCUAUGCAACAUGAAAAGAGACGUGCUUCUGGAAUGUAAUAAUGGGUUUGGCAGCAGACCACAGUGUUAAUGUAAUGAGUCUUUUUCUUUUGCUUAUAUGUAUUUGCUGUUGCUGAAUGAGUGCAGUCUGUCACCGCUUUGCUGGCUCUCCUUUGUCUGAGCAGAUCUCAGUUAACCAUCCGUUGGUGAGGCACUUCUCCCAGAAUUAUAACAGCUUCAUUAUUUAUAGAGCUCUGAGUUCAUAAUGGGAUGAAAUGGAUGGUGAGUUCAGUGCUGAUGUUACUCCGUGAAGCAUUUAGUGUAACUCUAUUUAUUGUGUUUGUCUUUUUGCAACUUCUGAAUGUUUGAUACAUGGAAAACCAGUUUGUUUCUAAAAUAUAAUAUGGGGUAAUGUUUCACUUUGAUCAUAAAGGAGUUUAGGAAAUGUACACUCACUGUUCAUCAUUUCUGCUACAGAAAAUAGAUCAAUUUUGUACAGUUAAUUCAUAUCUUAUUGAUUGAAAGAGCAUUGAUUUGAUCUGCACUUUACUUGAACACACCAGAGAUGUAAUAAACUACAUUUCUAUUCUGUAUUAAGAUUGUUUAGAAACAUAAAAUCCAUAAAGAGCUUCAAAGUUCUGGAUUAUUGAGUAAUGUGCAUGAGGUUAUUCAACAUUUCAUGUCACUUUGUGUCUUCGAAAAUACUAUAAAAGUCAUUUAUCAUCAGUUGGUGUCAGUUGGUGUAAGAGAGGCAGUAUAGGCUAAAUGCUAAUGCUAACAUCCUAACAUCCUAACAUGCUCACAGUGACAGUGCUGACAUGCUGAUGUCUAUCAGGUAUAAUGCAUACCACUUUUAGUAUUUAUGAAUUAGCACAAGACAUCUAAACAUCUCCAUCCAAUACUUGUUUAGAGAUUUCACUCAAAACCAUAAAUUUCAAAAUCUGAGGAUCACCAAAGUCAGUGACUUCCUCUGGCAACCAUGAAUGUCUGUAUAAAAUCUAAUGGUACCUGCAGUUGAGAUAUUUCAGUCUGGAUCAAAGAAGUGGACCAAAUGACCAACACUGCCAUCCCCGGAGCCACAAAGAAAGAAAUAAACAA